AUGCUUGUCGAGUUUUUGGUGAGCAAAAGUCUCCGGUGUGUGCUCGAGGAUACGUCCGUGCGUGCGACGUGGCCAGCCGAUCCAACACUGAAGGUCAUGAUUCUCUACACCGUGGCCAACGCCCUCGUGGACCUCCACACGCACGGCAUCGUCCAUGGCCACCUCUCGAGCUACGACGUGAUUUGGAGCUCCACGGAGUUUGUUCAAGUCGACGUCCCCGGCAUCGUUGGCCUCGACCAAGCGCGUCUAGAGUGGGUGGCCCCCGAGGUGCUUGCAGGCGACUCGCCACCGUCGUUUGCGUCCGACAUGUACGCCUUUGGCGUCCUCAUGACCGAGCUCGACACGUUUUCGCUGCCAUUUGAAGACUACGGUUUGGACGAUCGAGUCGCUAUAACGACGGCCGUUGUCGACGGCGGUCUGCGUCCAACGCUAGGCGACGACUGCGAAGACUGGUACCGCACACUGGUCGACCGCUGCUUGCACAUGGACCCGAGUUUGCGCCCGACGGCGUCCGAUGUCGCCAACUUUUGCAAGCCACAGAUGGUCCGGACUCGGAGGCGUUUGCAUGCUACAUGCCGGGAUCAGUAG